CUCUCAGCGCUCAGGAGAGAUCGACGUCACAGCAAGACCGCCUCGAAGGCACGGUACAAUGAAGGAGUUUUUCAAACGGGAUAGUUGUGCCUAGUUCAUGAUAUGGAGGGCCCGUACGCUCACCUGACGCUGUUCUUAACUCUGAUGGUCAGCUGGUCAGUCGCCUUUGAACGAACUAGUCGCCCCAUCAAUGGCUACGACACGCUGGACCGCGGCAUCGCAGUAAAGGAAUCCCCCGCCACACUGGUGGUUCUCAGGAAGCAGCCACUGACGAUCAACUGUUCCGCCCUCGUGGAGAAGAAGUUCUACCCUGUUAGUUAUCACUGGAAGAAGGAUGGAGUGAAGAUAAAAAGUCGGGGGGAACACGCUCGUGUCCGUGUCUUUAGGAAUGGGACCCUUCACUUCAAUCAAAUUAUUCAUCGUGAUCGCAAGAACAACAUUCGGACGGAUGAGGGAUUUUACGAGUGUUUUGUUUCUAAUUCUGUAGGAACCAUCAUCGCAAGGCGGGUACAGAUCCGAGUUGCGCGAAUAUCCAAAACUUUUACUUUGGAGCCAAUCUCCCAAAGCGUCGAUGUGAACAGGACUGUGGUGUUCAACUGUUCCAUACAUGCUGUGACUGAGGCCCACUUCGUCUGGGAGCGAAACAGACAACCAAUCACAGCCGACAACUCGAAGUACAUCCUCUACCAGUCAGGGAAGCUUCAAGUCAACCAUGCAAAGGCUACUGAUGCUGGCAGCUACCGAUGUCUCGUGGCUAACAAAGCGUUCUUUGACAUUGAUGGAGGUGCCACACAUUUUCACUGGCGAAACAGCCGAGAGGCCAUCUUGACUGUGAACGAGGCGCCGAGCGAGGUGACAAAACCGUUCCUCAGGAUCCUUGCGGUGCCAGUGAACCAGACCUCUGUCCUUAAUGGGGACUCGGCCACGAUUGAGUGCAUCGCCGACGGCAACCCAUCACCAACAAUAACAUGGACCAGGGAUGGCCAGGAAGUGCUGUUCGAUGAGGUCGAGAAAUGGUACGGAGGAAGUCUCCACUUCAGGAAAGUCUGGAAGAAGCACGCCGGUGUCUACAAGUGUCACAUCACACAGCCAGGCUCUGAUAGAGUCUUUGAAUACAACAACACUCUACGUGUACUUGUGAAGCCUGUGAUCGAGAUCGGGCCCCAGAGCGCCACUCACCCCGUGGCCAGGAACAUCGUGUUGGAGUGCAAGGUGAACGGAGAGCCGCCACCCACAGUGCACUGGCUGAAGGACGGACAGGAAGUGUUUCCCGGUGGCCGAUUUGGAACACUGGUCAAGGAGGACAGGAACCAGCUGCGUAUCUACGGUGUGGAAGACGUACACUCGGCAUACUACCAGUGUCUUGCUGACAACGAGGCGGGAAGUGCCUCUUCCAUUGCCAGAAUCAAGAUACACCUGAUGAAUGAUGCUCCCAAUAGCCCGGCAGAUGUGCUUGUCACGGUGCUCUCUAAGGCAGAGGCGGAAGUCUCUUGGACCAUCCAGAAGAAGAAGAACGCCUCGAAACCUGUCUUCUCUUACACUGUGCACUACCGAGAGGACAAACUGACCGGCGAGGAGAAGUUGUUUAUAUCCCACGAAGCCAAAAUGACGUUACACAACCUACAUCCAGGAACCAACUACACGGUGUAUGUGAAGGCUUACAACUACGCCGGAGCCAGCCCCAGCUCAGAGGUGGUACACUUCACCACAAUGGACUCUAUCCCCAGAGGGUUCCCCACGCCAACACUGGACAGUACAAGCUCCUCUACAGUGCUGGUCAAGUGGCAGCCCAUGCCGAAGGAACUGCGAGGUGGCACCAUAGUCAAGUACCGCAUCUACUACGGCCUGUGUGACACCGACACCAUCAGCAAUGUAGAAGUCAAAGGGGACACCUACAAGUACCUCAUUACUGACCUGCUUCCUGACUCGGACUAUCGUGUUCGACUUGCGGCUUCUACGACCGAGGGAUAUCGCAACUUUCCCGACAGUGAGUGGCCGUGGACCACCAUCAGGACAAUGAAGGAAUCGGCCUCCGAGAACCGUGAAGGCCAUGUGUACCUGAAUGUGACCGUGGAUGAGGUCAACAUGACGACCACCAAAGUGAGCUGGCUGUAUCCACGGAAACUACGCCUGUCUAAGCAGGUCAUCUUCCUGCGCAACCUGAAGCAGAGUGACGGCAUGCAGAUGUACAGCCUGGACAUCUACCGCAGAGAAAUCACAUUCAUGUCCCUAGAGCCAGACACGACGUACCAGUUCUUCGUUCUGGGGGAACAAGAGCACCAGAAGAUUGCCUUUGUCACCAGCAUCUUCCAUACGUUGUCCAAUAGAACCAACCACGAUGUUCCGAGUCAGCUGACUGGCAACGCCCUCCUCCCCAACGUCAUCUCCAUCACGUGGAACUACCUCGGGGACAACAGCAACGAUGUCACUCACUACAUCGUCCGCUACAAGCCCAUCAACUUGGAACAUCGAUGCUCCAAGGAUGAGAAGACCUUUAUGACACAUAGCCAGGAGGCAUCGCUGUCCAACCUGGAACCCUUCACUUUCUACAACAUCUCCGUGUGCGCCGUCUUCGACGACCGCAGAUCCCUGUUUAGUGAACCCGUCGUCGUGCGCACACUCGAGGAUGUGCCCUCUCCCCCGGAGAACGUUGAGGCAGUAGUUAUCUCCCCUGGGGAGGUACAGCUACAGUGGAAACCACCUCAUCACCCCAACGGCAACAUCAAAGGCCACGUCAUCUCCUACAAUGUCGAGGUGAUUCAGCACCCACCAUGGACUGAACUCUACCAGGCUGGGCAGGACACAGCUGCGGUGGUGCAGAACCUGACUGCCAGGACGUACUACUUCCGUGUACAAGCAUGUAAUGGAGCAGGAAAGGGGAUUCCAUCCACCAAGCUCAUUGUCCACAUGGAGAACUUUUCUACAGCAGAGCGUCCAGCCCUAUCGGACCAGCAGCUUGGAAUUCUGGGAGGGGCAGCUAUUGGCCUCACCAGCAUCAUCGUCACCAUCAUCCUUGUCUUCUGCAAACAGAGUGAACUAAUGAGGCGUGGCGUGUGUUUCCCCAGGCAGUUCUACAGACACCAUGCCUUGGCUGCAGAGAGUCAGGCUGCACAGACCAUAGCUGUCGAGGCUGGAUCCCCAACCACACCCACAACUUGUGCCUGCAAGAGAGAAAAAGUUCCGCCCAGAACAGUGCAAGAACCAGCACCUGUUGCCAAGGAAACAGAAGAUACAAGUAACACAGAUCCACACAUAGCAAACAUUGUUGGGGGUCGUGUAUACAGUGACGGGUGUAAUACUCAGGCUGAAGAGCUUCUGGCCUUGUUGGCACCGCGAGACGGAAGCUACUCCACCGGCAGCGACAGCCGCUCGACAUCAACAGAUGGCACAAAAGAGAUGUCGGACGACACAGCGACGACUGAUGACAUCACGACACAGCUGACCCACGACACGGCAUGUUAAGCUGUGACCUUGACCCCAGCUCCUUGCUACCUCACUGUACAGAGAUGACAUGACUGAAUGGCCAAUGUUGCCAUCCCCUAUCCGGCAGCCGGUUAAUUGUCGUCAGUUAUUCACUCUGACCACUCCGAGGCAUCGUCUAAUUAACUAUUGCCAUAGUGACAAGUGAUGACGUCGACGUCUCAAUGUCGGGGCCUCAAUGUUGUUUAACACAAAUAUCCAAGGGAAACAACUCCUUCAUGAAUAGAUAACUUCGUAUCAAAGGUGUUAACACUUCUUGGUAUCAAGCCAUCUUCUCAAAUACGAGAUUCCUCUUUUAAACCUGUAAGUCUUUUAGACAAGGGAAGUAACUCUUGUUGAGACUUUGGAAUGUGUCAUCUGUCCGAGUUCUACCAUAUCAACAGCAGAUUCAGGUACCACAGAAGGAAUUUAGCCCGAAUAUAUUUUCAAAGGUCUCAUGUCAAUUAUUACAGAUGUUUGAAACUACUGAUGAUAUUAGGAGAGACUAGUCGAGAAGCUGCUGCAACAACAUUGAGAGACCGAUGUGUAUAGUUCUUACCUCACUGCAAGUUUUCUUUAUAAUCAGGAAUUGUAACUGUGUCUUGGGCAUGAACACUACAUCCCGACCAUUGGCGGGAAUCUACCUCGAGCGAGACUCCCACACCGACUCACGCGAAAUGACUCAUGCGGUUUGACUCGUGCAUAAGCAGGACAGGCAACAUAACAGACCCUAACUGGCUGGACGCAAUUCCGAUGGAAUACGUGAGAUUUAAAUUAGGAUGGAGAUGUAUGCCUGUUUGGAUCUUGUGAGCUUUCAGGUUGGAUUCUGAAUCAGAAUUGUUUGGCUUCUGUUGGGAUUCCGUUGGAAUUCUGCGAUGGUUCUGAUGGAUUCCAGAAUGAUUCCAGUGGAGUAAUUGCACAUUGUGGGGGAUACAGUGAGCUGGUAUAAAGUGUUUGGGUGAAGGAUAUGCUCCCGAAUGGAAUCUGGGUCAUAAGAAUCUACAGUGUUGGUGCAUGAAAGCGGGAUUGCUGAUUUGUAGUUUUACUCGUUGAGACUACCGAGCAAGGACAGUGAGUCAUUCCCUGUCGAGACAUACUGCAUACAACCACAUCCAACAUCCAGUUGCAUCUGUCACCCUGUGAAGAGCUGUCACCACAACCCUGUGAGGAGCUGUCACAACAACGCUGUGAGGAGCUGUUGCUGCUGUCGGCCAAUCAGAGAGCAUGUUGGUGCAGCUCUCCACGAUGUCGUUACCUCGUCUGUAUUGCAGACACUGUUGCCGUGGUUACCUCUUCUGUGUUGUGGAGACGUUGCCGCAUUGUCUCCAUAGCUACCUCUAGUGUCCUCAACGGACCAAUCAGGAUCAAGGAACGUUGUUCCAUCUCGGACCUCGGCACAGGAACAGGCAUGACGAAACAGUCAUCAGAUUCCUUGUGUGAUUUACCUCUUAUCUUGUCCUAGGUGUAGGAGGCGUGAUGUUGGGGUAGGGCCAGAGGUGGGGAACAGGGGACAAGGGAUGGGCAAAGGGGGGGGAGGGGACAGUUGGUAAAUUUUAGAAAAAAAAUAUUCACAGUGUAGAUCAUAAACUAUUGCAUUUGAAUGUCCUGCAAAUUGGUGCAGAUCCAAGGGAAAUCACUCUGGGAUUCACCUGCCAAGGGAGACAACUCCUUUGCUAUUAACUUUGUUCCAUGUACCAGAAUUGUUGGCAGGAUAUUGUAUAUGCGUCUGGUUGGAUUUUUAUGCAGGGUGUGAUAUGUCAGGAACCUGGGCAUAUCUGACAGAAACGCACAGUGGAUAUAACAUGUGUAUGAUAAAAGUCGUAUCGCCCGGGGGAACAAAUAACCAAUCACAGCUUGUGUAGGAUAAAAACUAGACGGUACCACUCAUAUCUGUUCUUUCUUGUUUCAUUAUCAUCCAUAUUUCUGCUUUUGAAGGCUCAUUUACAUAUAGAUAUAUAUACAUCUAUAUAUUAUAUACAUAGCCAUCAUCUCCAAUAAUAGUGCAUACCAGUGAAACUAAACGUAUUCAAGUUUGACUGGUUUUUUUCAAAGCAACUGUUUCUGGGUUUUUUUCUGUUUUUUUUUGUUUGUAUUCUGUACUUUACUGCUAGGUAUUACAGAGUGAACGACUGCUGAUUGUCAUCAUCUACAGCUUCGUCAACUUCGUCAACAGGUUUAUCAGCAAGUAGGGCUGGUAAUUCUGGCAGUACUGGGAGGCUCACACACAGUUACUGUACUGUACACAGUACUGAAAGCCAGAAUCUCUGUCUGAAGGGUGCUGCUUACAACUCCAUUGAUAUAAAUUCAAUGUCUCAUUUAGUGAUAUUUUCUAUAUUAACUGAUGAUUUUGACUGAUCUAUGAAAUUACCACAGAAAUGCUUUUAUUCAGAGAAUAGGAUUUUGUCUCUUUUCAAUAUGUGUAAUAGUAUGGUAAGCCAGAAUCUCUGUCUGAAGGGUGCUGGUUACAAGUCCAUUGAUAUAAAUUCAAUCUCUUUGUUUAGUGAUAAUUUCUAUGUUAACUGAUGAUUUUGACUGAUCUAUGAAAUUACCACAGAAAUGCUUUUAUUCAGAGAAUAGUAUUUUGUCUCUUUUCAAUAUGUGUAAUAGUAUGGUAAGCCAGAAUCUCUGUCUGAAGGGUGCUGGUUACAAGUCCAUUGAUAUAAAUUCAAUCUCUUCGUUUAGUGAUAAUUUCUAUGUUAACUGAUGAUUUUGACUGAUCUAUGAAAUUACCACAGAAAUGCUUUUAUUCAGAGAAUAGUAUUUUGUCUCUUUUCAAUAUGUGUAAUAGUAUGGUAAGCCAGAAUCUCUGUCUGAAGGGUGCUGGUUACAAGUCCAUUGAUAUAAAUUCAAUCUCUUUGUUUAGUGAUAAUUUCUAUGUUAACUGAUGAUUUUGACUGAUCUAUGAAAUUACCACAGAAAUGCUUUUAUUCAGAGAAUAGUAUUUUGUCUCUUUUCAAUAUGUGUAAUAGUAUGGUAAGCCAGAAUCUCUGUCUGAAGGUUGCUGGUUACAAGUCCAUUGAUAUAAAUUCAAUCUCUUCGUUUAGUGAUAAUUUCUAUGUUAACUGAUGAUUUUGACUGAUCUAUGAAAUUACCACAGAAAUGCUUUUAUUCAGAGAAUAGUAUUUUGUCUCUUUUCAAUAUGUGUAAUAGUAUGGUAAGCCACAAUCUCUGUCUGAAGGUUGCUGGUUACAAGUCCAUUGAUAUAAAUUCAAUCUCUUCGUUUAGUGAUAAUUUCUAUGUUAACUGAUGAUUUUGACUGAUCUAUGAAAUUACCACAGAAAUGCUUUUAUUCAGAGAAUAGGAUUUGUCCUUUUUUCAAUAUGUGUAAAAUACAUGCUGCAUUCUUGAUGCUUGUUCAGUUAUAAAACAGUGUAUGAAUUUUCUCUGAAACCAACAAACAAACCACUUUAUUUCUUUACUGGCCCCCACAUAAAUGAGGCUUUUCUAGGGGCCAGUACUUGAGGCAUGGUGCAAAGUUCUAAGUCUUCGAGGCUGGAUCUCCAGGAGAGCCACUGCACAGGCUGACUGCUCUUACAAGGCGUGGGUGGGUGGUCUGGAGGCUGAUUGUUCGGGGAGAACAAUGAGAGAUAAUAAUUUGGGUGGGGGAAAGACUUGGUGGUUAAUUGUUUGGGUGGGGGAAAGACUUGGUGGUUAAUUGUUUGGGUGGAGGAAGGACUAGGUGAUUAAUUGUUUGGGUGAAUGAAGGACUGGGUGGUUAAUUGUUUAGGGUGAGAGGACUUGGUGGUUAAUUAUUUAGGGUGAGAGGACUAGGUGGUUAAUUAUUUAGGGUGAGAGGACUUGGUGGUUAAUUGUUUAGGGUGAGAGGACUAGGUGGUUAAUUCUUUUGGGGUGAGAGGACUAGGUGGUUAAUUGUUUGGGGGUGAGAGGACUAGGUGGUUAAUUGUUUGGGGGUGAGAGGACUAGGUGGUUAAUUGUUUGGGUGGAGGAAGGACUUGGUGGUUAAUUGUUUCGGGUGAGGGAAGACUAGAUGGUUAAUUGUUUGGGGUGAGAGAAGACUAGAUGGUUAAUCGUUUGGGGGUGAGAGGACUAGGUGGUUAGUUUUUUGGGGUGAGAGGACUAGGUAGCUAGUUUUUUAGAGUGAGAGGACUAGGUGGUUAAUUGUUUGGGGGUGAGAGCGGACUAGGUAGUUAGUUUUUUUGGGGUGAGAGGACUAGGUGGUUAAUUGUUUGGGGGUGAGAGUGGACUAGGUGGUUAAUUGUUUGGGGGUGAGAGGACUAGGUGGUUAAUUGUUUGGGGGUGAGAGCGGACUAAGUGGUUAAUUGUUUGGGGUGAGAGGACUAGGUGGUUAAUUGUUUGGGGGUGAGAGGACUAGGUGGUUAAUUGUUUGGGGGUGAGAGGUCUAGGUGGUUAAUUGUUUGGGGUUCAUAAUUGGGUGGGGGGAUGGCAGGACUUGGGGUUAGGAGGAUGAAAUUUCAAGGGUAGGGAUGGUGGGUGUUUUUUUUAACAUAAUUCUUUUUAACAGAAUUUGAAUUUUAUUGACAUAAAUUCUUUUACUCAAUACUGGAGAAAAUGAAAUAUAUCGACUUAUAGUAGUGCUGGGUCAGCCUGUCUGUGCCUCCCUGCAGUAGACCAGCCUAGGGACAUUGGACUGUGGAGCAGCUACAAUCGGUAUCGCGAGUACAAAACACUCUCCUCUCACCAUCUUCUGUCAGCACACUCACGCUCUGAUGGCUCUCCUUGGGGUGUUGGUAUCACUCAUGCAACUCCAUGUUAGGCUUUUAAUAUUUAGUAUAUUGGGUAAACUGGAUCAAGCCUAAUUAGUGUGGUUGCUGUCUUGUUAGGAGGAAACAUAUUUGAAGGAGUAGAGCUGUUUAUCACUGUUUGCGAUUGUUCAGAAAUUUUGGAUAGUUUCGGGGGAUCAGAAAUAAAUAUUUUGGGAAAAGGGGAAUAUAGCCAUGGUCGUGGGUGGGUGGUGGUGUGGUACUUGGUAUUCGGUACAGUAAUAAUGAUAUGGGGUCUUUGGGGGUUGUUGAUAGAAGGAUGCCUAAUGGCACCCCUUGGGAUAGUAGGCGAAGGCGGUUCCAGAUCAGGUAUGUGUGUUGGUAGAAGGUUAGAGACCUACCAUUUGAUGUUGUUGAGGGUCCUGGGAUUUUUUCGAUGAAAUGGAUUUGUUCCCGAAAAUUCUUGAAUUCCAGCCCAUACCCUUCCCCCCUCAAGAAUAUUAACUGGUUGGUCCCUUACUUAAUGGUAUCCAAGAUCAGGUGUGUGUUGGUAGAAGGAUGGGAAGGUUGUGGAAGUGGAACCAGAUCAGGUGUGUGUUGGUUGAAGGAUGGGAAGGUUGUGGAAGUGGAACCAGAUCAGGUGUGUGUUGGUAGAAGGAUGGGAAGGUUGUGGAUGUGGAACCAGAUCAGGUGUGCGUUGGUAGAAGGAUGGGAAGGUUGUGGAAGCGGAAACAGAUCAGGUGUGUGUUGGUAGAAGGAUGGGAAGGUUGUGGAAGUGGAAACAGAUCAGGUGUGUGUUGGUAGAAGGAUGGGAAGGUUGUGGAUGUGGAACCAGAUCAGGUGUGUGUUGGUAGAAGGAUGGGAAGGUUGUGGAAGUGGAACCAGAUCAGGUGUGUGUUGGUAGAAAGAUGGGAAGGUUGUGGAAGCGGAACCAGAUCAGGUGUGUGUUGGUAGAAGGAUGGGAAGGUUGUGGAAGUGGAACCAGAUCAGGUGUGUGUUGGUAGAAAGAUGGGAAGGUUGUGGAAGCGGAACCAGAUCAGGUGUGUGUUGGUAGAAGGAUGGGAAGGUUGUGGAAGCGGAACCAGAUCAGGUGUGUGUUGGUAGAAGGUUGUAGAAGUGGAACCAGAUCAGGUGUGUGUUGGUAGAAGGAUGGGAAGGUUGUGGAAGUGGAAUCAGAUCAGAUGUGUGUUGGUUGAAGGAUGGGAUGGUUGUGGAAGUGGAACCAGAUCAGGUGUGUGCUGGUAGAAGGAAUUUGAAGGUUGUGGAAGUGGAACCAGAUCAGUUGUGUGUUGGUAGAAGGAUGGGAAGGUUGUGGAAGUGGAACCAGAUCAGUUGUGUGUUGGUAGAAGGAUGGGAAGGUUGUGGAAGUGGAACAAGAUCAGGUGUGUGUUGGUAGAAGGAUGGGAAGGUUGUGGAAGCGGAACCAGAUCAGGUGUGUGUUGGUAGAAGGAUGGGAAGGUUGUGGAAGUGGAACCAGAUCAGGUGUGUGUUGGUAGAAAGAUGGGAAGGUUGUGGAAGCGGAACCAGAUAAGGUGUGUGUUGGUAGAAGGAUGGGAAGGUUGUGGAAGUGGAAACAGAUCAGGUGUGUGUUGGUAGAAGGAUGGGAAGGUUGUGGAAGUGGAACCAGAUCAGGUGUGUGUUGGUAGAAGGAUGGGAAGGUUGUGGAAGUGGAAACAGAUCAGGUGUGUGUUGGUAGAAGGAUGGGAAGGUUGUGGAAGCGGAAACAGAUCAGGUGUGUGUUGGUAGAAGGAUGGAAAGGUAGAUGGAAGCAGAACCAGAUCAGGUGUGUGUUGGUAGAAGGAUGGGAAGGUUGUGGAAGUGGAACCAGAUCAGGUGUGUGUUGGUAGAAGGAUGGGAAGGUUGUGGAAGCGGAAACAGAUCAGAUGUUUGUUGGUAGAAGGAUGGGAAGGUUGUGGAAGCGGAAUCAGAUCAGGUGUGUGUUGGUAGAAGGAUGGGAAAGUUGUGGAAGCGGAAUCAGAUCAGGUGUGUGUUGGUAGAAGGAUGGGAAGGUUGUGGAAGUAGAACCAGAUCAGGUGUGUGUUGGUAGAAGGUGGUGUGAGACACAUAGCAUUACACAUUGUACCUCCAGUUAAUCUACCUCAGACGUCCUAUACAGCCUUCAUCCCACCACUUCAGCAGCAGCAUCAGCAGCAGCAACACUCUUUAUACAACAAUGUGGACAUACACCUUUUUAAAUCUAAAUCCAGUCCCUCAUUGUCACACACUUGUGUUCUACUUUGUAUCAAUUAUUGUGCCACUUUGUUGAUUCCUCAGACAACUGUGUACAAUAUGUCAUAUGGCAACUAGGAAACUAAGGAUGCACUUUUUCAAUUGUAACAGUGUAUAACAAUGUUUAACCCCGAAGCAGCUCUCAGUUGUUAGUUCACCACAGAAGUAAGUGACACUUUAUUGUACACACUGUUAGGCACAGAUCUGAUUGUAUUGACUUUUGUGCAUGUUUCGAUUAUUCAUUUUUUAAGGCUGACCUUGACCUAAGUAAACCUCAUUUGACCUUUUGGGUGACCUUUACCUUUUGGGUAACCUUGAGCUGUUAUAUAUGUGUGCUUUGUGCUAAAGUGUAUAUCUAUGUGGUUCACAGACAGUAGGAUUUAUCUCAUAACAAUAUGAUGUCAGUUUGAAUGUGUAUCAUUUAAUUGGUCUGUCCUUGUUAGUAUGGUUGUGUUGUUCAGGUAUUUGGCAAUUCAGUGUCUGCGCCCAGGUAAUGUUACAAUGUAUGGAGAGGAAUGUAGUUUAUCAUUGAAUCAUUUUAUAGCUGUGUGCACAGGUAGACUAGGAACGUUUAAAUGGGGUGAUCCUGGGAGUAGAUGCUUUGUGAUUCUUGGCCUUCAUCCGCUUCAAGCACGAUGCGCUUGUGUUGCUACUGUUGCAUGUGCGCUCCCUGAUCUCUCCUGUACCAUAGUAUGGCAGACAACUAUAUUGUACAUAGAGUUAAUUGACAGGUCGACCCGUGGUGCUGAGAGACAUAAAGUGUAAAGGUCGAUCUGUGGUGCUGACAGAAAUGGCAUGAAAAAGUCGACCUUGGUGCUGACACACAAAGAGCUAAAGGUCGACCUUGGUGCUGACAGACAAAGAUCAAAGGUCGACCUUGAUGCUGGCAGACAUAGAGUGCAAAGGUCGACCUUUGGUGCUCACAAAAAAGAUCAAAGGUCGACCUUGGUGCUUGCAGAUAUAGGGUGCAAAGGUCGACCUUUGGUGCUGACAGAUGUAGAGUGCAAAGAUCCACCUUUGGUGCUGGUAGAUGUAGAGUGCAAAGGUCGACCUUUGGUGCUGACAGAGAUAUCCUUUCCAGGUCUACCUGUCAAACUACAUAGCCUGUGCUAGCACCAUUUUAUUAAAUACACCAGACAUAUAAAGAUGACUUAAAAACUAGUGAAAGAACUGACCAUCCAGAAAAUUGGGCGGCAGGUGGGCUGGAAUACUUGUUUGGCUGCUGGGGGGUUGAGGCUUGGGAGAUCAGUAAAGAGCACUUGAAGGCUUAAUCUAGAACAUAUAGGUUGAACACGCUUGUGGGAACUUCUUGUAAUUAUGGAACAUGUAAGUACUUAGUAAAACUUAUAUUUGACAUGAAUCUAGAUUAAGCCUAUCUAUCAGUAUUGCUUGUAGUGCUUAUAGCUUAUAACUGCGCAUCUGCUUGUCCGUCCGUUCUGUACCGUCAGCAUCGAUGAGAGUGUUGGUAGUUAUCUCCCCUUAAUGGAGACCGAUAGCUGUCAGUUAUUGCGAAAUUCAAUGAAGGUAGCAAGAACUACCACCUUCAGAAAUAACUUGAUUUGUUAGAUUUACGUGACCUUGGAAGUAUUUACAUUCAUAUGAAGCGAGAGAGUACAUUGAGCAGUUUGUGACAUCUGUUAGUUUAGGGGGGCGUUCGGGUAGCCUAGCGGUUAAAGCGUUCGCUCGUCACGCCAAAGACCCGGGUUCGAUUCCCGACAUGGGUACAUUGUGUGAAGCCCCUUUCUGGUGUCCCCCGCCGUGAUAUUGCUGGAAUAUUGCUAAAAGCGGCGUAAAAUCAAACUCAGUCAGAGGCAGUCAGUUAGUUUAGGCCUGUAUUUAGAUUCUGGCGAAGGGGAUUAUAGAACUGACAGAUGUCAUGCACCAUCUUGCCCCAGCCAUGUUCAGUAAAUGUUUUGUUCUGGUUACCAUAACAACCAUUCAACCUUUACAUGAGUGGUGGUUCAGAUGGACUGCAUCUUCUCGUCUUCGAUGUGAUGAUGUUUUAAGAGAAUUUACGUCUUUUAUCAUUUGGAGGUCGUAUUGUACUUAGUUGUUAAAAGGUUUUAUUGUGAAAACGGAAUUUCAACUGUGACGUUAAGGAAGUGUUUUUUGAAUGACUAGAAACCAAGUAGCUAUGACUGCACAUAUCCUGAGCCUUGUCUCUUUUUAAGAAAGAAUCAGAAUGUAAACUAACUUGUCCAACUUUGUUUCAGCCUUAUUAACCUUGUCUUCCAGGUUAUGUAUAAUGUUAAAGAAAUAAUUUCUUCGCUGUCAUUAGGAUUUAAUAUAGGUAGGUAGGGCUGGGACGGGUAACUCGGGUACUCGGGUUGGGUGGGUACUUAGUACGACCCGGGUACCCACAGGACUACCCGGACCCGUGGUUAGUCAUGUGAUAUAUUUCUUCAGGACAUUAACAAUAAAAUUUCAUGGUUACACCUUAUAAGAACGAGUCGCUAAUGUUCGCAUUUCUUUCUGAGUGUGCACACAUUCCUUCUGAUUUUUAUAUGUUUUAGUAAAGACAAAGCUUCAGCCAGCUUCAGCAUAGGCACGAUCAGAUCGUUUUAUACUAUAUAUAAAUACUUUUUGCCAUUAAAAAACUUCCCAUUUGAACAUUUUGUACCUAACUUGAGACCUGGAGUGGUUCCCCGGUUAAGGUCGGGUAACAGUAAAUUUAGACUCGUCCCAGCGUUAUUGGUAGGACAAGUAUUUUCUUGUGACUUUGUUUUUCAUCACACAGCAUGUCGUUUUGAAUCAGGUUAUAUCUUGAGCUAUAUUAUACAACUGUAUUAAAAAUUAUCAUAUAACACAAUUACUUUACAAAAAGAUGUUAGACAUGAGAACAUUGUGGGAAGAAAAUGGGAUUGAUACUAAAACUUUUGAUAAAAGUAUAAUUCGCAAAGUAGGAUUAUGGUCACAUAAACUGUUGGCAUUAAAUGCCAGAUGUUUGCAGUCAGCAUUUCACGAUCUGACUAGUAGGGAAAAUUGGAAUAGUUGUGUGGCUUCAGAUUAGCCGUUCAUGUGAUACACACGGAACCGGUGUUUGUGACCUUCACCAUGAAAUUUUGGAAUAUUAUGGUCAAGGAUAAAGUUGAGGGACUUUAUUUGUCCCAUGUUUGUUGAAAGGAAUGCUUACCAUGUUUCUAGACCAUCACUUCGAUCGUGGUAUUUGGCCUUUGACUUUUCAAUUCAUCUAUCCAACCUGAGCGUAAACCUGUAGUGUGUAUGCACUGGGUGUGUUCAAUAAAAAGAUAAUCUAGAAAGAUGGUAUGCAUUAAUGCCAGUCGGGAGGACUUUAAAUUCACCAUGUUAUUUUAUUUUUAUUUGCAUUAAAUGCAUUUUUAGUGCUCAGAUAGUUAAAGGACUACAAUGUCAUUAAAUAUAGUAGUUAAAGUGUUGCUUGGCAACAGGAAUUAUAUGAUAACACUGUUGUGAAGACAUCCCAGCUGGUGCCAGCGUUCCUUGGGAUGAUACCAUGGCAACAGAAGCAGCUGACCAGUUUGGACAACGAAUCAUUGAUGAGUAGUGGGGUACUGAGAGACGAUUGGCUGUCUUUGUUGCCAUGGACACGUAGAACCUGGCACCGGCUGGUUCAACAUUACCAUGGAGACGGUCGCUUGUUAUGUUCAACAAUGUACAUGUAUGUUUGUAAAUAUGACAUGUAUCCUCAUCACACAUAGUAUUGUCUGCAGCUGUAGGGACAACGUUGCUUGGCAACACAUCAUGCAAAUCAGUGGGUGGCUGCUUAUCGAUGAGGCUACUUCUGCGCCGCUAGCAGCAUGGGAUGUAUGAGUCGAGUGCUUGUUCACAAGGCAUCGUCUAUGCCAUUCUACACCUUAACAUAGGAUUCACUAGUCGAUUGCCUUGUCGAACGAUCACUUUCUUCUAGGAUGGCAAGUAACACGUCUUUGAUGGUACCACUGCUUCGCCAUCAUCACGGAAGGUACGCCCUGCCUUGCUGUCUCCUAAUUCAUACCCAUGCUGCUAGCCUUGUCUUGCUUAGCCUGCUAUUGGUCAGAGUUGACCCGCCAUCACUUGUACACGUGCUUCCCUCCUAACGGACAAGUCUGGUUCUUUAUUGUUUCAUCUGGUAACCUUCUUGCUUUUGAUAAGAUCUGCCUUUCUAUUUCUUGGUCUCCAUCAAUCAUAUUAAUCUUUCAGCAAGUAGCACUUCGCAAGUGUCUUUCAUAAUUAAUCCUGCAGUUGAUAUUUGAUUUAGGUGCCAAAAAUAUUUGCGCUCUGACUGAAUGGUCAUUUUGGAAGGAGACAUCAACAUCAGAGACCAUAAAAUAGAUUUUUAUUUUAUGGUCUCUGUCCCUACAUAACGUCAUGGAAAAUUUGGGUUUAAAUGUUAAUAAAUGUAACUUUAUCGAUACGCUUCAAUCAAGUUUCAUAACAUCAGCCAAAUCUGGUCAUAAAAUAUUUAUGGCUACUAGUGCCAAUAUAGAGGUAUGGGUGUUACCGACAAUGUUACCUCUCUUCUGUGACCUAUAAGGCCUCAACGUGUGAUUCUACUUUCAGUAAUCCAUGCUUGCCGUAAAAGGUGACUAUGCUUGUCGUAAGAGGCGACUAACGGGAUCGGGUGGUCAGGCUCUCUGAUUUGGUUGAUGCAUGUCAUCGUAUCCCAAUUGCGUGGAUCGAUGCUCAUGAUAUUAAUCACUGGAUUAUCUGGUCCAGACUCGAUUAUCUACAGACCGCCGUCAUAUAGCUGGAAUAUUGCUGAGUGAGGCGUGUCCAACAAACCAAACCAACCAACAACUUUGUUGAAAGGGCAAUGGCUGAAAAACAUUAAAAGUUGUCUCCCUUGAGUAAUUUUCACGUACUGAAGAGCGACAUCUCAGUGGUGUAGUAAUCCCUCUUUCUACCUCCAUUUCCUGUAAUCAGUGUGGAACCGAGGGGAGAUAACUUGUGUCUACAAGUGAUGACAGGUUACCUGGCAACCAGUGUAUGUUACGUGUCUAAGGUGAAUGUGUGGCUUUUCUUUUAACUUUAGAAGAAUAAAAAUUAUAUUUAAUUGUGA